AAGAAUCUGACGGAGCUGAGGUCCUUUGGGUCGCCGCCUCCAGCCGUCAGCAACGUCACCGCCGCCGUGAUGGUGCUGAUGGCCCCGGGAGGAAAGAUUCCCAAGGACAGGAGCUGGAAAGCAGCAAAAGCCGCCAUGGCCAGGGUGGAUGGCUUCCUGGACUCCUUGAUCAAGUUCGACAAGGAGAACAUCCACGAGAACUGCCUCAAAGCCCUUCAGCCUUAUUUACAAGAUCCCAAGUUUAAACCCGAAUUCGUGACCACCAAGUCCUACGCCGCAGCCGGCCUCUGCUCCUGGGUGGUGAACAUUGUGCGCUUCCACGAGGUGUACUGCGAUGUGGAGCCGAAGCGGCAGGCUCUGAGCAAAGCCAACGCAGAGCUGGCGGCUGCCCAGGACAAGCUGGUCAGCAUCAAGGCCAAAAUUGCUCGCCUCAACGAGAACCUGGGAAAGCUCACAGCCAAGUUUGAGAAGGCCACUUCAGACAAACUCAAAUGUCAGCAAGAAGCUGAAGCUACAGCGUGUACCAUCGCUCUUGCAAAUCGACUGGUUGGGGGACUCGCCUCUGAGAAUGUGAGAUGGGCUGAAGCCGUGAAGGACUUCAAAAGGCAACAGAGCACCUUGUGUGGAGAUGUCUUGCUGAUCACGGCGUUCAUCUCCUACCUGGGUUACUUCACCAAGAAAUACCGUCAAGACCUCCUGGACGGAAUCUGGAAGCCGUAUUUGCACCAGCUAAAAGUGCCAAUUCCUGUAACGCCGUCCCUCGAUCCUCUGACCAUGCUGACAGAUGAUGCUGAUGUAGCGGCGUGGCAGAAUGAGGGCCUGCCAGCUGAUCGGAUGUCCACUGAAAAUGCCACCAUCCUCACCAACUGUGAGCGCUGGCCCCUCAUGGUGGAUCCCCAGCUGCAGGGUAUCAAAUGGAUCAAAACAAAGUAUGGCGAAGACCUCCGAGUGAUCCGAAUUGGGCAGAAGGGGUACCUGGACACGAUGGAACGAGCCCUGGCUGCAGGAGAACUGGUUUUGAUUGAAAACCUGGAGGAAUCCAUGGACCCAGUUUUGGGGCCGUUACUGGGGCGAGAAACAAUCAAGAAAGGAAGGUACAUUAAAAUCGGGGACAAGGAGUGUGACUUCAACCCCGCUUUCCGUCUCAUCCUCCACACAAAGCUGGCAAACCCGCAUUUCCAACCUGAGCUGCAGGCACAGUGCACCCUCAUCAACUUCACCGUCACACGAGAUGGCUUGGAGGACCAGCUGCUCGCGGCGGUGGUCAACAUGGAGAGGCCUGACUUGGAAGAGCUUAAGUCAGAUCUCACAAAGCAACAGAAUGGAUUCAAAAUCACCUUGAAAACGUUAGAGGACAACUUGCUCUCUCGGUUGUCAUCAGCAUCUGGGAACUUCCUGGGAGACACAGCAUUGGUGGAGAACUUGGAGAUCACUAAACAGACAGCUGCAGAAAUUGAGGAGAAGGUCCAGGAGUGUAAGGUGACAGAAACCAAGAUUAACGAAGCCAGAGAGCACUACAGGCCUGCCGCCGCACGGGCCUCUCUGCUGUACUUCACCAUGAACGACCUCCAUGCCAUCCAUCCCAUGUACCAGUUCUCGCUGAAGGCCUUCAGCAUCGUGUUUCAGAAAGCCAUUGAGAGGGCUUCUGCGGAUGAGAGCCUCGCAGCGCGUGUGCUGAAUCUCAUCGACAGCAUUACCUUCUCCGUGUUCCAGUACAUAACCCGGGGACUGUUUGAGUGUGAUAAAUUGACCUACACCGCUCAAGUUACCUUCCAGAUACUUCUGAUGAGUAAAGAAAUCAACACAGUAGAACUGGAUUUCCUACUAAGAUACCCAGCACAGACCAGAGUCACAAGCCCUGUUGAGUUCCUGUCUAAUCACUCCUGGGGAGGAAUCAAGGCUCUCUCAUCCAUGGAGGAAUUCAGAAACCUGGAUCGGGACAUUGAGGGGUCUGCAAAACGGUGGAAGAAAUUUGUUGAAUCUGAGUGUCCUGAAAAGGAGAAAUUCCCCCAGGAAUGGAAGAACAAGUCAGCUCUGCAGCGCCUGUGCAUAAUGAGAGCCGUCCGCCCCGAUCGCAUGACCUACGCUGUCAGAGAUUUUGUAGAAGAAAAGCUUGGCAGUAAAUAUGUGGUAGGGAGAUCCCUGGAUUUUGCAACAACCUUUGAGGAAUCAGGACCUGCAACCCCAGUGUUUUUUAUCCUGUCCCCAGGAGUCGACCCAUUGAAGGAUGUGGAGAAACAAGGGAAGAAACUCGGUUAUACAUUUAACAACAGGAAUUUCCACAAUGUUUCCCUUGGACAAGGUCAAGAGGUAGUUGCUGAACAAGCUCUAGAUCUGGCUGCGAAGGAGGGUCACUGGGUCAUCCUCCAG